AACCAAACUAAAUGCUUGUUAAUUAAUGGAUAACCAAAUUCACAAAUGAAAGCGCUUUUCAUCGUUAAUUAUGUAACACUAUUACACUUUGUUGACCAUAGAGCUAUUUACUCAAGAGAGCACAAGCAAUUAGUUAGCGAAUGCCACGUCACUCAAGUUCCAAAAUCAGCUUUGUUCAGCUAGAAAGAUAACGUUGGCCACUACUUUUCGUCCAGAUUUUCUAUCACCCGGCGACUUCUUUAAACCACCGAGAUCGGUGCAUCUUCUCUUCCGUCCGCCAUGGCGAAUCUCUGCGGAAUCUCCAUUUCCCGGCCCACUCACUCCCUGCUUCCACCACCGCUCUCCACUUCCGGCCCGAAUUCGUCUCGCCGUCCCUUCAAGCUUCGGUGCUCAAUAACCGAGCAGCCCUCUACGAUUCCCCCCUUGAACCUCGAUGGCGAAUCGCAAUCCAAGGCGUCGCGCUCCACCACUGCCGAUUGUGUCAUCGUCGGUGGCGGGAUCAGCGGGCUCUGCAUCGCCCAGGCGCUGGCCGCCAAACACCAAGAUGUCGGUCCGAACGUCAUCGUCACCGAGGCCAGCGGCCGCGUUGGCGGCAAUAUCAUCACCGUCGAAAGAGACGGGUAUCUAUGGGAGGAAGGGCCGAACAGCUUCCAGCCCUCGGAUUCAAUGCUCAACUUGGUGGUGGAUAGUGGUUUGAAAGAUGAUUUAGUGUUGGGCGAUCCUAAUGCGCCACGGUUCGUGUUGUGGGAUGGGAAAUUGAGGCCAGUGCCAUCCAAGCCGGCUGACUUGCCAGUCUUUGACCUGAUGAGUAUUGGUGGGAAACUCAGAGCUGGCUUUGGUGCCCUCGGAUUGCGGCCUCCUCCACCAGGGCGCGAAGAAUCGGUUGAAGAAUUUGUACGGCGUAAUCUUGGCGAUGAGGUUUUCGAACGUUUAAUCGAGCCAUUUUGUUCAGGCGUUUAUGCUGGGGAUCCCUCAAAGUUAAGCAUGAAAGCUGCCUUUGGAAAAGUUUGGAACCUUGAGCAAACAGGUGGUAGUAUCGUUGGCGGGGCUUUCAAGGCAAUCCAGGAGAGAAAUAAAAAUCCCAAGCCUCCUCAAGAAUCGCGAAUGCCAAAACCAAAGGGCCAAACAGUUGGAUCUUUUAGAAAGGGACUUGCCAUGUUACCUGAAGCACUUGCAAAAGGGCUGGGUAACAAAGUUAAACUGUCAUGGAAGCUUUCAAGUAUCAGCAAAUUGGAAACUGGAGGAUAUAGUUUGACCUAUGAAACACCUGACGGAUUGGUAGCUGUACAGAGCAAAUGUGUUGUACUGACUGUUCCAUCCCAUAUUGCAAGCAGUCUGUUGCAGCCACUUACGGCUGUUGCUGCUGAAGAAUUGUCGAAAUUUUACUACCCACCUGUCGCUGCAGUAGCCAUUUCAUAUCCAAAAGAAGCAAUUCGGCAAGAGUGUUUAAUCGAGGGGGAGCUCAAGGGUUUCGGCCAGCUGCACCCACGUAGCCAAGGGGUGGAAACUCUCGGAACUAUCUACAGUUCAUCUCUCUUUCCUAAUAGGGUUCCACCAGGAAGAGUUUUGCUCUCAAACUACAUUGGAGGAGCUACUAACCCUGGAAUUUUAUCGAAGACGGAGAGCCAACUCGUAGAAGCAGUUGACCGUGAUUUAAGAAAGAUGCUCAUAAAGCCUGAUGCAAAGGAUCCAUUUAAAGUGGGCGUCAAGGUGUGGCCACAAGCCAUCCCACAGUUCCUGGUUGGUCAUUUUGAUAUCCUGGACAAGGCAAAAACUGCUCUCAAGGACACAGGCCUGAAAGGGUUGUUUCUGGGAGGAAACUAUGCCUCUGGUGUGGCUUUGGGGCGAUGUGUGGAGGCCGCUAACGAGGCUGCAGCUGAAGUAACGGACUUCCUCUCCCGGUAUGCGUACAAGUAAUGUCUGGCUUAUUUCGGGUCCCAAGUCAUGUAGAGGCAUCCCAUGCCAAAUGCAUAGAUGGGAGGAGAGGUUCAGGCCGGAUAAUUGGUUGUUUAUGUAGUCAUGUAGAGAAUUUCAAGAGCUAGCCCUGUAUUUUUUUCUUGUAGAGCCCUUUUCUUUGUCAACUGUAGUGAACACUAUUCAUGUCCUUCGGUGAGAUGGAAAAGUCCUGAGAGGCGGCUUCUGUUUUUUGCUCCGUAGUUCUGUAACUGGUAUUUACUCGAGGUAAAAGUCUUUAGAACAAGCAGUUGUUUUCAUGCAAACAAGGGCCCAUGAUUUUGGGGUGCAUAACACUCCAGGUUCAGUGGCUGCCCUUGAAUUUAUGCAUGAGUUUCUUAUGAAACAACCAGGCCUAGGGAUAUUGAGUGAUCUUAAAUUUACAGCUGCAUCUUUCCCUGACCUGGAGUUAAUAUAUAUUGUAUAAGAUAAUAAACUUAAGUAUUAUGUUUGACAAAAUGGAGGCAUAAUGUCUUACAUCGAGAGUUUACAAAUGUCCAUAUCGGAGAUGUCAAGAUUAGAUAAUUGAAAGAUCGUGAGUGGAUAUGGUAUAUGCUGGAACUUUUCAACAUAGGUCUAGAAUCUAGAUAGACAUAACAAACCAUCUAGUUAUUUAUUAAACAUCUUAACUUAGAAAUAUAUAUGUUGUUUAUGAAUACUAUCAAAAUAGUGAUUGAUUGUUGAGUAUCUUUGAUUGAGAACUAAGUCUAUACUCCAUCUAUAUAUGUCUCAUAAACCUACAUGAAAAGUAUACUCAAGACUAUGAAUAUUUAAUAGUAGGAUGUUAUGACAAAACAAACCAUUUCAGAAAUUGAAGAUAGUAAGGUACAAAGAUAAGUUCAUUUUACACAAAAUGAAAUUGUUCCGACUAA